CUUUCGGAAAGCGAGGGAACAGCGCGCGCCGCGCUCCGCCCAGCUCCGUUCCGCUCCGCAGAGCCGACGCGGACCGGGCACGGGGACGACGGCACUCGGCCGGGGCCUUCGCAGCCACGCGCUCCCUCCGCGGCGGGAUCUGAACCCCGGGGUGGCUCCCUAGAGCCCCGAGCGAGCGGAGGGCGGGAGCAGGGUUGGGACUGGCGGCGACGGAGGGAGCGACAAGCCAGCUGAGUCGCGUGCGCCGGCGCGCGCAGCUCCAGGUCCCCCAGCCCUAGCUGGGGCCUGUCACUGCCUGACUCCACUUGCCCUCGGGAAGGACGGUGCACCCACGACCCGUCCGGGACCACGGCCACUCGGCGGAAAUCCAGGGGCCGAGUCCGCGCGACGGCCCACGCGGGACAGGCUUUUGGAUGAGAAAAAGCUGACAGGAACCGAGCCCCACCUUCUCUGUGUGCCGGGGAACAGGGCUACACGGCCCCAGUGGCACCCAUGCCGAAGAACAGCAAGGUGACCCAGCGCGAACACAGCAAUGAGCAUGUCACCGAGUCAGUGGCUGACUUGCUGGCCCUGGAGGAGCCUGUGGACUACAAGCAGAGUGUACUGAACGUGGCCGGUGAGACAGGUGGCAAGCAGAAGGUGGCGGAGGAGGAGCUGGACACAGAGGACCGGCCAGCCUGGAAUAGCAAGCUGCAGUACAUCCUGGCCCAGAUCGGCUUCUCUGUGGGCCUGGGCAACAUCUGGAGGUUUCCCUACCUGUGCCAGAAAAAUGGAGGAGGUGCCUACCUGGUGCCCUAUCUGGUGCUGCUGAUCAUCAUUGGCAUCCCCCUCUUCUUUCUGGAGCUGGCUGUGGGCCAGAGGAUCCGCCGUGGCAGCAUUGGUGUGUGGCACUAUGUGUGCCCCCGCCUGGGGGGCAUCGGCUUUUCCAGCUGUAUUGUCUGCCUCUUCGUUGGGCUGUACUACAAUGUGAUCAUUGGGUGGAGCGUCUUCUAUUUCUUCAAAUCUUUCCAGUACCCACUGCCCUGGAGUGAAUGUCCUGUCAUCAGGAAUGGGACUGUAGCAGUGGUGGAGCCUGAGUGUGAGAAGAGCUCAGCUACUACCUACUUUUGGUACCGAGAGGCCUUGGACAUCUCCAACUCGAUCUCAGAGAGUGGGGGCCUCAACUGGAAGAUGACACUCUGCCUCCUUGUGGCCUGGAGCAUCGUGGGCAUGGCUGUCGUCAAGGGCAUCCAGUCCUCUGGAAAGGUAAUGUAUUUCAGCUCCCUCUUCCCUUACGUGGUGUUGGCCUGCUUCCUGGUCCGGGGGCUGCUGCUUCGAGGGGCAGUGGAUGGCAUCCUGCACAUGUUCACUCCUAAGCUGGACAAGAUGCUGGACCCCCAGGUGUGGCGGGAGGCAGCCACACAGGUCUUCUUCGCCCUGGGGCUGGGCUUUGGAGGCGUCAUCGCCUUUUCCAGCUACAACAAACAGGACAAUAACUGCCACUUCGAUGCUGCCCUGGUGUCCUUCAUCAACUUCUUCACCUCGGUGUUGGCCACCCUCGUGGUGUUUGCUGUGCUGGGCUUCAAAGCCAACAUCAUGAAUGAGAAGUGUGUGGUCGAGAAUGCUGAGAAAAUUCUAGGGUACCUCAACUCCAAUGUCUUGAGCCGGGACCUCAUCCCACCUCACGUCAACUUCUCACACCUGACUACCAAGGACUACUCAGAGAUGUACAGCGUGAUCAUGACUGUUAAAGAGAAGCAGUUCCCAGCCCUGGGCCUGGAUCCCUGCCUCUUGGAGGAUGAGCUGGACAAGUCUGUGCAGGGCACAGGCCUGGCCUUCAUCGCCUUCACUGAGGCCAUGACACAUUUCCCGGCCUCCCCGUUCUGGUCCGUCAUGUUCUUCCUGAUGCUCAUCAACCUGGGCCUGGGCAGCAUGAUCGGAACCAUGGCAGGGAUCACCACACCUAUCAUCGACACCUUCAAGGUGCCCAAGGAGAUGUUCACAGUGGGCUGCUGUGUCUUUGCAUUCUUCGUGGGGCUGUUGUUCGUCCAGCGCUCCGGAAACUACUUUGUCACCAUGUUUGAUGACUAUUCGGCCACCCUGCCACUCACCGUCAUCGUCAUCCUUGAGAACAUCGCUGUGGCCUGGAUUUAUGGAACCAAGAAGUUUAUGCAGGAGCUGACAGAGAUGCUGGGCUUCCGGCCGUAUCGAUUCUAUUUCUACAUGUGGAAGUUUGUGUCUCCACUGUGCAUGGCUGUGCUCACCACAGCCAGCAUCAUCCAGCUGGGGGUGUCGCCCCCAGGCUACAGUGCCUGGAUCAAGGAGGAGGCUGCUGAACGCUACUUGUACUUCCCCAACUGGGCCAUGGCACUGCUGAUCACCCUCAUUGCCGUGGCCACCCUGCCCAUCCCUGUGGUGUUCAUCCUGCGGCACUUCCACCUGCUCUCCGACGGGUCCAACACCCUCUCUGUGUCCUACAAGAAGGGCCGCAUGAUGAAGGACAUCUCCAAUCUGGAGGAGAACGAUGAGACGCGCUUCAUCCUCAGCAAGGUGCCCAGUGAGGCGCCCUCCCCCAUGCCCACCCACCGCUCCUAUCUGGGGCCUGGCAGCACAUCACCCUUGGAGAACAGCAACAAUCCCAACGGACGCUAUGGAAGCGGCUACCUCUUGGCCAGCACCCCUGAGUCAGAGCUGUGACCACAGCUCCACCCUGCCUGCCUCCCCUCAAUACCCAACCUGCCCAUUUGUCUGGGCCUGGUCUCUUCCUCCAUGGUGGCCACCAGACCCAGGCCAGUCCAAGGAGAGAGGAUCUGUCCUGUCUUGUUCCCCACCCAAGUCCCAGCAGACUCCCUACCUAUGAGCAGAGGACUGGGGACAAUUCAGUCCCUAUUCCAGGCCCCCAACCCAUGUAACUUUUUGAGAACUCUUGCCAAGUUGCAGUCAUGUAACCACAAAAUCCCAGUAUGGGGGGACUUCAAGUGGACACUUUAGGAGUCACCUCCCCCUCUCCCUGUAAAACCUAUCACUUGUAGUUCUUGGGUCUCAGGGAGGGUCCAUUUGUGCUGCUGGUCACGGUGGGGGGUGUUGGACAGAGGGUUUAGGGCUGAGGGUGCAGGAUGUAGGUGUUAGCCCAGCCUGCCACAAGACCAGGACUCAUCGUCCUGUCCAGCCCCGCCAGGCUGCUCCUGAGUUAAGAUAGAGAUAGGGAUGCGUGUAUCAGGUCUCAGGCUUUGCUUUGCCAGAAGGUAUAUGGAGUCUCCUCAAUUCUAUCUUUUGAGAAAGGUGGAGACCUCUCAGGCUUAAGCAUGAACGCUGCCAUAGAAUGAAAUGAAUCCACAGCCAGCUCGUGGAGCCUUUGAAUGUCCCUGUCUACCCCGACAGGUCCUGCCCGAGAGCACAGUGAUGGGGUCACUUUAACUAGGGCUUAGCCAUUUCUCAAUCUCCUCUAUCCAACCUGGAGCCACGGGUGGAGGUCUUUGCCUCUGUCCCAGAAAGAAAAGGGCACAGUGCACAAUGGGUGAGGUUUCCAGAGCACAAUUUGCAGGUUCCCAGCACAAUCUAGAUGGUUCGGAGCACAAGAGAAACAAGCGCACCUCACCUGGAGCCCCAUCUUCUCCUUAGUGGCAGCUUCUCCCCUGGAUUGAGGGUUCCUGGAGGUCAGAGGUGUGUCACCAGGAGCCCUUGUUUCUAAGGAAAGACAGGUAAACUCACUGCCCUCUCUGGCUGCCACUCACUCUCCUUGUUGUACAAGCACAGCCGCUGGUGUGCACAUCAUGUGGAGACACCUUGGGAGCCUUUCCCUGACUUCCCCCAGCCUGUUCAGGGAAGUGGCACAGGCAGUUCUGGGCAGCGGAGAGCCUCUGGUCUUAGGCUCCAAGGGAGAUAUGAUCUAUGGCACUGUCCCUGACCACCUUUCAAGGCUCCUCUGGGAGGAAGGCUGCUUCAGAGCGGCCUGUGAGGAUUCGGAAGCUGACCUGAGACUCAGAGUAUCUCUCUGUAGUAUCACCUUAGAGAGAUGGGUGUAUGGACUUAUAUGGUUGGCUGGCUGGGAUGGACAGAUGGAUGGGUGCAUGGAUGGGGUCACCUUAGCUAGGGUUUAGUCAUUUCUCAAUCUCUCCUUCCAACCUGGAGCCAGGGGUGAUGGCCUUACAUACAAACAUCCAUACACACACACACACAAACCACACACACACACAAACACACACACACAUGCACAUGCACACACACACGCACACACAUGCACACACACACACACACUGUUUCUAUCUUUGAAAGUUCUGGUCGGCAAGAACAGACCUGGGCACCUGCCAGAGAUUCCUGGGUCAUUGUUGUGGCCUAAAUUUCCCUCAGUCCUGAGAGGGACAGUCUAGGCCCAGAUGUCCACCACUUGCUCCUAAAGCCUCCUGGACACCUCCCUCCCUAGCCUGAGAGGUCCCCCACCCUCAGCCUGACAUCUCUUAUUCCUCAGUUCCACACACCUUCUCUCACUUCUAGCCUUCUUGGUCCCACCUGUCCUAGUAUUUAAGGUGAGAGGGAAAUGAGCUUUGGGGCGGGGCAUCCCACCAUCGGCCCCUCACCUGACAACACCCCCUAGCUGGCCCCGUGCCUAGUCCUGAGCAGAAUUAGAAAACAGGAAAGCCAGGCCCUAGCAGAGACUCCACUCUCUCUCCUCCUCUCCACAUGCUAUUUCUAUUGUACAUUCAAUCUGUACAUGUGGGUGUAGAUGCUGUGAAAUGACAAACCCAAUAUUAUACUGUGGCUGGUGGACUAUUUUCAUCCUCAGUGCCGUACAGAUCUAUUUUCAUUGUAUAUUUGAUAUAUUUUUAAUUUUGUAGCGUGGCUGGGCCAGGCCCCAGCCUGUGAG